GUAAUCGUGCGCAUGCGCGGUCUGAGUCGGUCAUGGAUUCAGGAGACGCGGAUGGGCUGGUGAGCUCGCAGCGUGGAAGUUUUCCCAGGAACCGGGUGUAGACUCUGUCCACGAGGGAGGGGAAAAAAGAAGAGAAACAGAAGAGCUUUAUGAGCAGAAUGGAUUAUCCGUGCUAAUAGAGAACUAUGUGUGAUGGCUGAAUCAGUGAAAUAUUAAAAAAAUGGAUCAACUGGGAAGUAUCAUCUCUGGAGAUUUGUUUGUAAACUGAGUGGGUUCAUUUUAAUCAAAUCAGCAGAGUAUUGACAUUAACAUUAGCAGGAUGGUGUUAAUCAUCUAGCUAGCAAGCUGUAGGAAAGUUAGAACUAGACCUAGUUGUGAUAAUGCGGUUCAAUGAGAAAGAGCUGGUGUUCCUGAGCCGCCAGCCGUCAGAGAGAGCGGCCGAGCUGGGCAUGAAGGGACCGAAGAAAGGCGACGUUAUGAAGAGGAGACUGGUCAAGCUUAUAGUCAAUUUCCUGUUUUACUUUCGCACCUAUGAGGAGGAGCCAAUUGGAGCUUUGCUUCUGGAGCAGUGUCGAGUCGAGAGAGAAGAUGACCUCGCCUUCUCCAUCACUUUCCUAGAUGAGGCAGAGAGAAAGUACCUGUUUGAAUGUAACUCUCGGGAGCAAUGCGUCGAAUGGAUGGAUGCUAUUAUAAAAGCCAGCUAUGAGUUUAUGCGCAAGAACCUCAUCUUCUAUCGAUCUGAGAUCCAUCGACUGACUGGCAAGGACCCGCUGGAGCAGUAUGGGAUUUCAGAUGAGACACGCUUCCAGGUGAGCAAUGCGCUCCCUCCUCCACCUCCUUAACGACGCUCAGCGAGUCGGUGCUUCGAUCUGCUUUGGGCAGAACAUUUUCAUUUUGAAUGAAUCGAUACACUGCUGUCAUUUUUCUCUUCAUAUGGGAUCAUGGGGUCACAACACUUUUCAUUUUAUUGUUAUGUGAAUAGAGUGAAAAGGCUACUAUCACUGUGUAUUUUUAAUUAUCAUACUGUUAGGAAUGUGAGCUGAGAAUGAGCCAGUAGCAGUGUGUUUUAAUGAGGCCAUUCUUUUUUUAUUCACUUUCAGUGGUAGCUAUCUGUAAGUUUCACACUUGUCAGUUAAAAAAAAAACAAAAAAAAAACACACCAGUUCAUUUGGUCAUGGCUGUAUACAGAAGCAGUCUGAUCUUUUGUUGUGGGUGUGGGGGUGUCUGGUAAGUUUCACUUCGUGAAAAUGUGUGUGCCCUGCAGCCCUGUUUUGCAUGAUAUGACACACAGAAACUUGCACUGAACCACUUCCUGUGAUUAAUACGUGACUGUACGUGGCAAUUCUUUUGUGGUUUGUCUGUUGGGUGCAAUAAAUAAUUUUAUCAAGCCUAAUAUUCACUGAUUAGGUACAGUAGAAUGUUAGCUCAGAUCAGUCUUAAUUUUGACCUAAUUCUGCCUUUCCUUUUUUAAUUUGUAAAUUCAUUCCUGCACAGUGCAAAGCUACUAAGCUAAUUAUCUGCAACACCACACAUUUUUGUUAGUCUAGUAAUUAUCAUUACAAUCAUUUGCAUAUCAUGGGUAUUAAGUGUAAUACUAAGCAUUUAUACUGUCUUAGGGAAAGAAUUCACCAAAAAAAAAACUGAUUUACAGAUAUUUGAUGUUGGACAUUUGCUCUUUUUGUUUGUAAGAAUUUAUUUUCUCAUUGUGUAGAAUCAUAGUAAGGUGUCAAUGGUGGAAAUUUUUUUUUUGCUAACAGGAAGUAGUGUGACAGCCCAAUGACCUGGUUUUAUUGAGUGCAGAUGGAGGACAUUUUGUGUAAAGUAAACCUGCUGGGAGAUUCAAUAUUAGAUGUGGAUUUGUCUUAGAUUCUGACAAAAUCUGAAUCUAAGACAAUGGUGUAGGCUUUUGCAAGAUAAUGAUCUAAUCGUUUAUUCCAGCUAUAUUACCAGAUCUGUCAACCUUUAUGCAUUUUGCAUAAAGAUAAUUUAACAUCAGAGUAUACUAUAGUACGAUUGAUGAUUUGACACGUGUAUUGAACUCUCAGGCGUUAACUGAUACUGCCUUAGACAAGUAUAUAUGUAAGAUCAGUUAACUACAUUUAUUAGGGACGCCAGUGAAAUAUUACAGCCCAAAAUUGUAAUAAAAAAAAAAAGA